AUGGAGAUUGCCGCAUGUCCUUUGAAGGCUUUAGAAGUGGAGAAACGAUGGACGCUGAAUGAUUUUGAUAUCGGGAAGCCCCUUGGAAGAGGAAAGUUCGGCCAUGUCUACCUGGCCAGGGAAAAGAAGCUUCGAGUGACUGCUCAAAUGCAUAGCAUACUAGAGUUCGUUUUCCUGGUACUGUCUGUUAGCCAAGAAAGACCCCCUUCCAUCUCUUAUCAGCCACUGCCCUCAUCUUCCUUUUGUUCCACUGCUUUUUUGAUCUUGAAUGCUUUUGGAAUAAUAGCAUUUGCAUUCAGGGGACACAAUCUUGCUUUAGAAAUCCAGGCAACAAUGCCAUCAAUUUUCAAACACCCUGCACAUGUUCCAAUGUGGAGGGGAGCCAAGGUCGCCUAUCUUCUAAUAGCAAUGUGUUUAUUCCCUAUUGCCAUUGGAGGCUUCUGGGCUUAUGGUAACCUAAUGCCUCAAGGAGGAAUACUAAAUGCCCUUUAUAUAUAUCACAACCAUGAUAUCCCAAGAGGGCUUCUAGCAACAACAUUCCUCUUGGUUGUGUUUAACUGCCUCAGCAGUUUUCAGAUAUAUUCCAUGCCUGUUUUUGACAGCUUUGAAGUAGGUUAUACAAGCCGAACAAAUCGACCCUACUCGAUUUGGGUUCGAUCUGGCUUCCGAGUAUUUUAUGGCUUCAUCUCGUUCUUCAUUGGAGUAGCACUUCCUUUCCUGUCUAGUCUUGCUGGCAUCUUGGGUGGCCUCACUCUCCCGGUCAGUGUAUAUGUUAAUUUUUCUAAUUUUUACUAAAAUCUUUAAUUUUGUUAGCUUCGGUUAUCAGUGUAUGAGCUUUUAUCUAUUAUUGCCAAUGAAGGACUAACACUCUAAUCAUGUACCCAUAGAAUUUGCAGUUCCUUUCUCACUGUAUG